CAGACAUAUGGACGUUUAGAAAAGCAAGGGGUGUGCUUGUCACACACCUCUAUGAUCAAUCUUCUGGACCUCAUGGGAGGACACUUUCAUGACAAAAUUGUUGAACUGGUCAAAGCUGGAAAGAAAUUCUACACUGUUAAUGACAAUUUGAACUGCAAAACAACAGUGAAGAACAUGAGGGUAGAUCACAGGAACAAGCAGCACAACUGGUUUGCAAGCAUUGUUGUUUUUGAGAGGAUUGACUUCAGCCACUUGGACAAUGUCAGGCCACUUGGUGACAUUCAGAAUUUUCCUAAUGAGAAUUACCUCCUUACCUCAGAGGAAAUCAAGAAACUUCAGUCAGACUUCAAAGUUCUUGUGGGGAGAAUCUGUUUAGAAUUCUUCAAACAACCUCAAUUUGCAGCAGUUAAGAAACUGGUACCACAGCACAUUCUGCACAGGUACACUAACGAAAUGAGCUCGAAGUCAGAAGUGUUUCCACUGCCAAUUCAAUUCAAAGAUGAAAAAAAAUAUGCAGAUGUGGUAGACAUCUUAGCUAGCCAUGAAGCCACAUUUGAAACAAUAUUUAAAGCAGCUACAGAUAAUGAAGGUCCUGAACAAGAAACCUACAUCCCAGCUGACUUUAACUGUCCAUCUGGUGGCGAUCAGUUGACAAGAGUGCGUUUUACGUAUGGGCGUAAACUAAGGGCUGGAGCUCACACUUCUAAGGACCGACUGGAACAUUCUCAGCCUGAUGUUAUAGAGCUCUUUCAUACAAAGCAAGCAUUCUUAACUGUAAGUACAGCUGUGCAACAUAUGUAAUAUAUAUGGUGACUGCAAGAGUUAUGUACUAUUAUUUAAUCUAGUCCUUUUCUGUUCAACAACUGUUGAGCAUAAAAGAACAAACUGGAUUUAUUAAAUCUGGCUGCCUAUGACACACUUGAUCAGAAAAGAUAGUUGAAUUCUUUAAGUUUCCUAAUACUAUAUCUAUAUUGUAAUGAUAGUAAUAAUCAUCUCUUCUUCAUAGAAAUAUAUAAAACAAAGCAGAGUUUAAUCAAAAGCUCUUUUAUACAAAACAGUUCUUAACACAUUGAAUAAAAAGGCUGAGGGACAUUUCAUAGCCCACUUUUCAGUUGUGGAGUUUGGAGUCUACUUGGCAAAAUAAAAUGCAUAAUUUAAAUAACAAUAAUUGUUAUUCUUUUGUAUUUAUUUUCAGCUCAUUAAUGAUGUCCUGAUGAACCAGAAUUCAACACGUGAAAUCGGUACACUGAAGUAUUUUAGAGAGCGCAUUAUGCGCUACAAUGUUCCCACAACUGUCAAAAACAACCCUGAUGCAUAUGAGGAGUUCUUUGUGUCAGUUGGAAGGGCUUACUUAGUGGAAGCUUUCCUAGAAUUCUUUGGUAUGGAAAACACUAAAAGUGAGCCUACAAAAAAUUUGCCCGAACAAAAUGCAAGCUUGGAGGCAAAGAAGGAACACUUUGAUAAGGUGCUUGGGAAGUUUGUUGACUACCAUGUUUUCCACUUGGGUGUGACAGUCGAUGACAAAGUCCAGAAUUAUGGUCUCUCUUUGAUUGAACUGUUCAUAGUUCUUAUGCAACUGAAUGACACAAUUCAUGAAGGUGAUGGAGAUAGAAAUGUUAUUAAUUGGAAAUACCUUUUGUGGGUUUUCAAAGCCAAUAACAAAUUGUCAAAGUAUGCAAUUGAAGGAAUGUACUUCCUAACUUCAGUAAAGUGCAUGCUGACCCACCAGGUGUCCGAACGUGUGAUUUGGGGAAGAGGGACCAACAAGAAAGGGAAAAUUGGAGUUAACAUGCCAAAUGAUUUAGAAAUGGAGCAUACCAUCAAGAGCACAAAAAAUCUGAUAACUUCAAUGGGGGCAAAUAAGACUGAGAAGGCUGUGCUUCGUAGCUCAAUGGCAGUCACUGGAGUCAGUGAAUCCCUGCAUGCUUAUGAUGAGAGUUCAAAUGUCAAGCCACCGUCAACUGCUCACACUAAAAAAAGUGCUGAUAGAGAUGAAGGCAUUAUGCUGGGGGAUCUGAGGUUGCUAAGGCCAUUCAAAUGCGACCCAAUGCAUGAGCCUCAUCCUUCAUUUCCUGAUAUGCUGAAGAGUGUAAGAGAGAAGAUUGACUUGGGUGAAUUCUUGCGUUGGCUUGAAAAUCACAAGAGACAGCUUGCAAGAGGUCAAUCCGUAGUUCCUGAAAAUGAAGAAUCUGAAUCGUCUGAUGCAGAUGACUAA